AUGCCAAUCAACAUUCACAUACCCACCAUUUGGCAGGCAAUCUUGGUUGUUAUCUUGGUGUUCGUGCCCAUCAAAGUCUACGGAGCCACUCUAAGGUGCUUCCUGAGAGGCAGGUUUGAGGGUGAAAAUGUCGAGUUGCAACCUCCUCCACCAGUCAAUGCUCUGUACAAUGAAAAGAACGCAUCAAAUCUGGCCGUGCCUGGAAGACAGCAGGACAAUGACCAACCCAGAGAAUUACGGAUUUACAAGGACUUCUACUACAAGUUGCAGAACCUUGAGCGAUUCCCAGAGAUUUUACCGCAGUCCAGGGAUCUGCUGAUAUCCUUGCUCACAGAAACACUGGCAGAUGCCCUCAAGAAGCCGGAACAGGGAAUCUUAUCUGUUGAGCAUUACACAUCCGAAAAUCUGACAAAGUUCCUGCAAAUUGACAAUGACAAGAUCACUCAAGAAUGGGAACAAUAUGUGGCCAGAAGAAAGGCUGGCUCGCCAGCAGAGAUGUUUCAGGACAGGGAAGAAGCCAGAUGGUGGCUCAGACAAAUGGCUCCGGUCAAGUACGUGGACGGUGCUUGGUUAGGCCACAUCAACAAAAUCACCACUCCUUUUGCUCUCCGCCGAGUGACCAAGGACGCUUGGCAGGUGCUGUCAGAAGAGCUGGGAGAUGGUGAUCCGCACAAGAAUCAUGUCUAUGUCUACCGUGAGCUGAUGAAAGAGAUUGGGUCCGGGCUACCAGAGGCAGAUACUCUCGAUUUCAUUCAUCCACAACACCAACUCAACGAAAAAUGCGUCUGGAAAGCUGCGGUUGCUCAGUUACUGAUCUCUCUUUUCCCGCACGAAUUCCUUCCGGAGAUCCUUGGUUUCAACAUGCACUUCGAAGGACUAACAAUGGAGACUAUGAAGGCAGCCAGCGAACUUGAAGAGUUAGGCCUCAGCCCUUAUUACUUCGUUCUCCAUAUCUCGAUAGAUAAUGCCGAUUCUGGCCACACGGCAAUGGCAAUGCAAACAGUUGUCAAAUAUAUUGAGCACGUGCGACAGACGCAGGGAAAAUCAGCCGCACAACAAGUCUGGAGGCGGGUCCAGACGGGCUUCGUCCUCUCCAAAGAGCUCUCCAGUGGACCGCAGUGUCCAUCCCAGCGACAUCGUGCUCAUAACUCUUUCCCCCGCAACAGACACGAAGCGGAAGUGAUCAAGAUCUUCGAAGCGAAAGCUCCUGUCGCACACAAAAUCCACUGCGGCAGCCGCCUGACGAUUGGCGGCCGGACAUUGGUCGAUUGGCUUCAACCGGACGCCUUCGCAGGGAAGCAGUGGCAGAUGGAGUUCCUGGACUACCUAAGCAACAUGAAACCAUGGGUACGUCGGGGUGAUAGUAGCAAGAGCAAGUUGAUUCAUGAACUUUCCUGGGGAGGCAAGAUGUUCGGUUCCUUUACGCAAAGCGAGGUCGACGUCGUCAAGCGAUGGAUUGACACGUUAGAAAUUCCCAAUUCCCAACUGUACUGGUCGUUCGUCGGUCGAUCCGAAACCAUGUCCGACCAGGUCUUCCAAAAGCAAGAUAUCCGCGUCGACUACCCCGUCCUCUCGCCAACUUCCAUGGUCGACCUGUCCUCUGAACUGACCCCUCUUGCCCCCUCGCCUCUACUUUACUUCCAUCCCGCCUCCAUUACCCCCCCAAAUCCGGACAUGUCUAAAGUGCUCCCUUUGUGGUUCACCAGUCCUUGCCUUCUCGAAUCAUUUGUCUGCGUUCCCUCCAAGACUACCACCAUAAUCGCCUCUUCUGUCGUGCGUCUCCUACGAGCUCAAUCCGGCUUUGAUGCAGAAGGUUCGGGCGUUGCCGGUAUGGAUGAGGUGCGUCGAAUACAUAGCGUUGGCCUCGUGGAGCUCGGGUUGGAAAUGACGAGGAGAUCCGGUCUUCCGCAGCCAACAAGUCUCAAGGAAGUGCUGGAGUCAUGGCCGUCGGAGUUUGCGUGUAAGAUGCUACAGGUGUCCAUGCGGCCGAUGGCGAAUCCUGGGUUGUUACUGGGAUUAGCUGCGGCGUUUGUCGGCUUGCACGACGCAAUGACCUCGUCUAAGCUACUCUCUACUACGAGCAAGGCGGUUUUGAAGCAGAUCGUGCGCAGAGAGCGAGACAGUCUGAAGAUAUGCUUGGAUGAGCUCAAGGACGAUAAGAUCGAAUGUGCCGAAUUCCACCGAGGCCAUGGCAUAGGAAGGGCGGAGAUUGAGAGCUGUUUGGACCAAAACAUAGUCAUGGCGGAGGAUUUUCCAUCUAAAAUGUUUUCCUAG